ACGUAAGAAAAAUCCUGAAAAACAAAUUUUUUGAAUUUUCUCAAAGCAAUUAAGAAAAAUGCUGUUUUAAACAUUAAAAAAAAAUCUUGUUCUAUAUCAAGUAAGGGCCCUUAUAGCUCUAUAAUUCUUUGUGUGGUUUUCCUAUUCAUCAUUCCACAAAACAUAGCUUGCACAUUCCUAUCUUCACUUAUUCUUUUUCUCCCUUUCCAGACCCUUAAGACUAAUCUCAACUCCUGGGUACUCAAAAAAAAAAAAAAAAAAGCAGGGACUCUGGAAUCGGAGAACUUGAGUUCAAAUAUUAACACCUGUUACUUUUACUGCUUCUUACUCUUACUACCUGUUUGAACUUGGGCAAGUCAUUUAAGCUCAUUAGGUCUCAGUUUCCUCACAAGUAAGAUGAGGUUGGAUUAGAUGAACUGUCAUUCCUUCCAGAUCUCUUAUCUAUUAAGCUAUUGUGAUAAGAUAAUUUUUCUGUAUUGGCUUUAUGACCUACAUUUCCUUAAGACAACUAGUCAUGGUUCUCUCUCCUUUUCCGCACUGUGGCUGCAGCCAUGAGUAUGCUCAGGCUUCAGAAGAGGCUUGCCUCUAGUGUCCUUCGAUGUGGAAAAAAGAAGGUAUGGCUUGACCCCAAUGAGAUCAAUGAAAUUGCCAACACCAAUUCCCGUCAGCAGAUACGGAAGCUGAUUAAAGACAGGCUGAUCAUCCAGAAGCCUGUUACUGUGCAUUCCCGUGCCAGAUGCUGGAAAAAUACUCUGGCUCGACAGAAGGGCAGGCACAUGGGCAUUGGUAAGAGAAAGGGUACUGCCAAUGCUCGUAUACCUGAGAAGGUGACCUGGAGGAGGCGAAUGAGGAUUCUACGGCGGCUACUCCGAAGAUACCGUGAAUCCAAAAAGAUUGCCCGCCAUAUGCACCACAGCCUGUACUUGAAGGUGAAGGGUAACGUGUUCAAGAAUAAGCAGAUCCUCAUGGAGCACAUUCAUAAACUGAAGGCAGACAAGGCCUGGAAGAAGCUCCUGGAUGACCAUGCUGAAGCUUGCCGGUCCAAGACUAAGGAAGCACAAAAGUGUCGGGAAGAGCAUCUACAGGCUAAGAAGGAGAUCAUCAAGACUUUGUCUAAGGAGGAGGAGACCAAGAAAUGAUUCUCCCCUAUCUCCUGUGUAUAUAGUACCCUUCUAUUUGGCUCAUACAAUAAAACUUGACAGACUGUAAAAAAAAAAAAAAAAGACAACUAGUCACACAACUAGCUGGACCUUGAAGAAUUUAGCUGACAUCAAAUUUAAGCUCUGGUGAUUAGCUGGUUAGUAAUGAGGAUUUCUGGCUCACUUGUAUUCCCUCUACUUACAGCUAUGUGGAGGAUGGAUUGGAGAGGGGAGAGACCACAGAAAAGGAGACAAAAUAAGAGUCUAUUUGAACAGUCCAGUUGAAGGGAUAGGACCUGAACCAGAGUGGUGGAUAUGCAUGGAAAGAAGACGAUAGAUGCAAGGUAUUUUGGAGAUCAAGAAUUGACAAAAUUGGUUGGAUUUGGUGGGGGUUGAGAAAGAGCUAAGAGUUGAGGCUGACUGUGAAGUUCUGAAACUGUUGAAUGGAGGGAUGGUGAUGCCCUUGAAAGAAAGAAGGAAGUUGGGUAAAGAGAGGAAGAGAAUGAAUUGUUUUAAUCUUGUCUUUGAGAGACUGCUAUGGGACAUAACAUUGGAGAUGCCUAGCAGGCACAUGGUGAUGGGGGAUCACAACUUAGGAGAGAGAGGGAAGACAAGGCAACAAGUGUUUAUGAAGUCCUCACUCUAUGCCAGGCCUUAUGCUAAGUUCUGGGGAUGCGAUGAAAGGCAAAAACACUGUCCCUUUCUUUAAGAGUUUACGUUUGAAUGGGAGAGAGUGUAUAAGUAACAAAAUACAUACAGGAUGGAGGGAAGGGAAUCUCAGAGGGAAAAUCACUGGGGUGAUACCGAGAAAAGCCUCCUACAAAACGUGGUGUUUGAACUGAGUCUUGAAGUAGGUCAGGGAAGCCAUGAAGAGAAGGUAAAAAGGGAGAGAACAUUCCAUAGAUAAGGGACAUCCAGUGCAAGAGAACGGUCUGGUAUGGAGUGUCCCAUGCAAGGAAUGGUGCACAGACCAGUGUAUCUUAGAGGAUAGUGUCUAGAGGAGAACUCCAAAGCUAACAUAGCAUGAUUUUCUGGAAGAAGUAGCCACUGCACAGCUUUGGGUUGAAUGGAAGUCUUUUCCUCCAUCUGCUGCCUUUCCCAGGGGGUCUAGUUUGUUCUCAGUUCCUGGCUGGAUGAAUUUUCCA